GAAAAGGAAACAUUUUGUUCAUAUGAAAAUACAAAAGGAAAGUCUUUAAGUUAUCGAAGAGAGAGAAAAUUCUUUCAACUUUCAUGAAGUUAUGAUCCUCUAAUUAUUCUUUCUUACAAGUUAUUCAUCUCAUAUUUCUGGUGAUUUGUGCAUCGUCCUUAUCAAAGAAAAGUUACUGAAAUGUGGAUUUGUAGGUUGUGCUUAUAUGCUAAAUGAACUUUGAUUCACCCCUAGCUUGGAAACGCAGAAGACUAACGAACAUUGACCGGUUUGACCCUAUGGAUGUGGAGGCAGCCAGAGCUAAGCUAGAAGCUGCAAAAGAAAAAUAUGGAAGGGAAAUCCGUGUAUUUGAAACCACGAUGACUUCUCAAUCACCACCACCUGAAGCAGCUAAUACGGAGGAAACAGAUGAGUGUCUUGAGUUUACUGCAGAGGAUUACUAUCGUCUCUUGGCAACCAAGAAAGAAGACAAGUACUUGAAGACGAGGAAAUUACGAGAAGCCGAGACAGCAGCUCGUAGGUCUCGAAUUACGAAAGCCGUGAUUAGGAUACGGUUUUUAGAUGGUCAUACAUUGGAGACCAUAUUUCAUCCAUCAGAGCCAUUACAGAGCAUCUUUGAUCUUUUGAAGAAAGUUCUAGCAAGACCAGAACUGCCACAUUAUCUGUAUACUACCCCACCAAAGAAGCAAAUUAAGGAUACUAAUCAGGAUUUCUUUGCUGCCGGUUUUGUUCCGGGUGCAAUUGUGCAUUUCACAUAUGAUCUGCCGAAAGAGGAUGCUGCCAAUGCGGGUCCCUUUCUUCAAGAAGAUGUAGUGUCUUUAAAGGGCUUGGACCUUGUACCUGAACCAGUAAAAGAAGUCACGGAAUCAACCUCCGAAACUGCUAUUGUGAAUGAUCGUCCGGUUGUUCCCGAGAGAAAACCAGCUGACAAGAAGGCUGUGAAGCCAAAGUGGCUAAAGAUGUGACAGGUGAUACUCAUCCGCGGACCGCGAAGCAAUCCAAAUCAGAGGACUUACACUUCAUUAUAUUUAAAAGGUUGAGGAGGAGAAGUGCAUGAUUGGUUUUUGUGAUUAUGAGCUUCGGUCGAUUAACAUUGAAGGACACAAGGGGUUUUGUUGCUCAUAGUGUUCAUUUAUGAUUUGGUUAGUUUGAAUUACUGUUUAUAUCGUUCGUAACUUUCCGCAAUGCAUCUUCUUCUAGUGCA